ACAUAAUUUUUGGAAAGUUACCAGAAAAACAAAAGAAGAAUUUGAGAGAAAUUAUAAAUUUGGCAUAUGAUCAAUAUGAAAUAAGUCCUGUUAUUUCUGACUUGGUUAAAGUCCUUUUAGAAAAAUCAAAGAGCUUGAAUAAAAGGGAAAUGAUGGUUUCACUUUCACCUAUACCAGCGGAUUUUCAAGGAAAUGAUGAGGAGUUUGAAGACAUAUAUGUGAUGCAUAGGAUUAUAGACUCAGUGUAG